CGGAGUCUGUCAUGCCUACUGCAGUACUAUCGUUUUUCACACAAUAAAAUAUCUAGCUACUUAGUCGCGUAGGAUCUCUGUUAAAUGAAUGUGUAAUUGUUGUUACAAUGUAUCGUCUCUGUAUGGAUAUUUUGUUAACAUUGACAGAAUAAUAGUCAGGCGGCGCAGGGGUCGAUCGUAUGCAGUAUUCGCAUAAUGCUUCCAAUGCCUAGUGUCGAUGGGGACAUUUUUGACUGUGUUCAACGAGGGAACGUUGAACAUUGUGCACAUAUCAUUCAACAUGAUCGAUCUAUCCUCAAAGAGAAAGGUUGGGGUGGUUUUAGUCCUCUCCACUUUGCGUCCCUCCAUGGUAACCGUGCCAUGGUUGACAUGUUGCUAAGCAACGGAGCUGACCCCAACCUGACCUGUGAUGCAGGAAUGACAGCCUUCCAUUUCGCCUGCAGGCAUGGUAAUGUAUACGUGAUGCACCAGAUGAUGCAGCAUGGAGCUGACCUGCGCAUGGUAGACUGUCAGGGAAAAACCGCCCUACACCAUGGAGUAUGUGGAGGGAACAUUGUAGCGAUGCAGUACCUGUGGGAGACAGGACUGUUUAGGUGGUGUGAUGGAGACAUGUACCAUGUUACACCUCUACACCUGGCUGCUGAUACUGGCAACACUGAGGUGGUCCGUUACCUGCUCCGAGGAAAGAGGUGUAUGGUGGAGACUGUGGAUGAGGAUGGGUUGACAGCGGUCCAUGUGGCAGCUGAGAGGGGCUGUGUAGAGGUGUGUUGGACGCUGUUACAGAGAUCCGGCUUCAGGAUGCUGCACUUGAAGACCUAUAGCGGACACACGCCUCUGGACCUCUGCAGGCAGGGAAAGACAUUCAGACACUUGCAGCUGACCAAACUACUGACCCGCUACAUGAGGGAGCCACCAUUCAACAAACCUGAUGAGUCCGACCUCCUUUACUACUGGACGUUAUUCUUCCCAUGUCUGAUUGGAGGAGCUAUUCUGAUUAUCGCAACAAUGUUGGGGGGCUACGGAGGGAUAACGUGCGCCGUCCUCUUCCCCUGGCUGGCCAGGAGUAUAUUUUCCCAGUUCCACCGCAUGACGACCUACCAGAGGUUGGCCAACCCCGUCUAUCUAGGGACUGUGAUAGCUGGAUUGUUCCACUCUCUAGUCUGCUUCUACUAUAGAAUACUACCGCCUAGCUUGUGGGGUGAUGGUGUUCUGGGUCAUGUGUCGCUGGUCCAGUUCUCUGUGGUUCUGGUCUUGUUCUGGAUGGUUCUAACCCAGGAUCCUGGAGAGUUGGGACCGGGAGAUGCAGAUCCUCGCUACUCCUCCAUAACAGACCUGCUGGAGAACAACCAGAAUCCUCAGAGGUUCUGCAUCUACUGUGAGUUGUUCCAGCCAGACCAUACUAAACACUGUAAAUUGUGUGAUGUGUGUGUGAGGGAUUACGACCACCACUGCCUGUUCCUGAACCGCUGUGUUGGUGGUGGCAACCACCGCCUCUUCAUCAUCUUUAUCCUCUCCAUGGCCACAGCACACCUCCUUUUCAUUGCCGUGGCAACUUACCACCUGUAUGUGGUCGUGGUGUCCCUCGAGGACCAGUCAUUGGUUAGGGCAGUAGCUGCACAGUUCUGGGUGGUCUCCCUGACGAUAAUGAACGUUCUGACAAUCAUUUGGGAGGUGUGGUUGUUGACGGAACAGUUUGACGCUAUCGCCAUUGGGACUACCACCUACUUUAAACCUACCUGUGAGACUCGGCCACGGUCGCUAGGACAACGCUGGACAGCGGUGCUUACCUUCCUAUUGGAGGGGAGGAGACGGUUAGAUUAUGGACUCACAGGGGACAAGAUCUCCAUUGACAUUUAGAUAAUAUGGACUCUAAAACCUAUGGUGAAAUGGAGAACAAUGUAUAUUUAGUCAGUUUUCCAUUACAACCAGUUGGAUCUUCUAGCCUGUUGAGCUAAAGCCUAGGCAUUACCUCGGGAAGCAAAUACCGCUAUUAAACAUAUAACACGUGGUGUGUAGACCAGAAUGAGUUCUAAGAGAUCUUAACAUUAGAGAUAACAUGUUACUUAGAUUGUCUUUUGAGAGUGCGGUCGUAAACAUGUCUGUUAAACAUUAUACUGGAACAUACACUGCCGUUCAAAAGUUUGGGGUCACUUAGAAAUGUCCUUGUUUUUGAAAGAAAAGCACAUUUUUUGUCUAUUUAAAUAACAUCGAAUUGAUCAGAAGUACAGUGUUGACAUUGUUAAUGUUGUAAAUGACUAUUGUAGCUGGAAUGGAAUAUCUACAUAGGCGUGCAGAGGCCCAUUAUCAGCAAACAACACUCCUGUGUUCCCAUUACAUGGUGUGUUAGCUAAUCCAAGUUGAGCAUUUUAAAUAGGUUAAUUGAUAAUUAGAAAACCAUUUUGAAAUUAUGUUAGCACAGCUGAAAACUGUUGUCCUGAUUUUAAAAAAGCAAUAAAACCGUCCU